AUGAAAGUCUUUCAGUCUCUCAACUGCGUUGUCUGCAAGUUGCCAUUUGCUCGAAAGGCCAACGAGGCUCGGUCACCACGACGUUCAUCCUGCGGACCGGCGAUGUGUCACGAAUGCUUCGAGAAGGAGAGGCUGUUGGAGAAAGAGGAGAGGAAACAUCAAUGUGUUCGGAAACCGUGCUUUACAAAUCCCAAUUUUGCAUUUUACCUGAUUGAUGUUCUAUCGCAAGAAGAUUCCUUGGCACUUUCACCUUUGGGAGAUGGUUAUUUGCUUGUCAAGCCCUUCAAAAUUCCCGAAUGUCCAAUUUGUCAUGAUGAAUAUUCGAAUCAAGUUGACGGAAAGAAAUCGCGUUCGCUCUUUUGCAAUCACCUUAUCUAUUUCUUGAAUGAAUUGCCAAUGAUGACACGUCAAAUGGAUGGAAGGAGGAACCAUCGUGUUUGUGAUGAUUGCAAAGAGACGGGCAUUAUUGACAAGAUGUAUCACUGUAGUGAAUGUGAUUUGAAGAUUUGUUCAGAUUGCCUUGUUGAGGAGCAUCGGUCUCAUGAGACAACACGACUUUUGAAGAAUGAACUUUGUGAAAUGUCCGAAGCUCAACAGAAAGAUUCGACCCAGAUGGUGAAAACGUACAACGAUUUGUUUGCAUUAAUGCACGAGAAUACUUUGAAGGGUCUGGAGGCUUUUGGAACGAAAUUGACUUUGAAAGAGGAAAACUCUAAGAGCAUUUCGACAUUUGGAGAAGCGAAGAAGACACUUGAAAAAUGCGCGAAGCUGAGGGAGGACUUUGAGACGAUUUCGGAGAAACUCAUGCCUCAUUUGCGUCGAUAUGAGACGAAAGUCAAGACAUUGACUGAAAGAAUUGACAAAGAUGACUAUCAAGGACUUAAAGAUGGAUUUGAAGAG